GAGUCACUAAGCCCCGCCCCUCAUUCUCGGACUGCAGUGAAAGGAUAACAAAUGGAAAGGUUAGCAAGGCUGUCACCCUCCUAAAGCUUCGUCUAGAAGUCGAGUCUUGAGGAAGAUUGUUUAUCAUUGUGUGAUGAAAAUAAAGCACGGAAUAUCUUGAGGAUUGCGAUUUGACAUCAUGGCUUCAAUCCCUUCACUAAGACGAACUGAUUCCGCCAAGGGGGAUUUAUCUCCCCUGAAGCACUUUGUUUUGGCAAAGAAGAAGAUAAGUGAUGUGUUUGAGCAACUACUGCAGUACGUGAAAGAAAGUUCAGAGUUUGUUGAAGAAACCUGUCAAAAUAAAGCUUUGGAGGAUAUAGCAAGCGAGGACCAGAAGAUAGAGAUCCAGGCCUAUACAGACAAACUGACGGUCAUUAAAGAAGUUCUGGCCCGUAGACACAUGAAGGUGGCCUUCUUUGGAAGGACCAGCAAUGGGAAGAGUACGGUGGUGAACGCCAUGCUGAGGGACCGCGUGCUGCCCAGUGGCAUCGGCCACACCACCAACUGCUUCCUGAGCGUCGAGGGAACCGACGAGGACAAGGCCUACCUCAAGACCGAAGGCUCCGAUGAGGAGAAGAGCAUCAAGACAGUGAACCAGCUUGCCCACGCCCUCCACAUGGACGAGAGUCUGGACGCCGGCUGCCUGGUCCGCGUCUUCUGGCCAAAGACCAAGUGUGCGUUGCUCCGGGACGACCUGGUGCUCGUGGACAGCCCCGGGACAGAUGUUACAACACAGCUGGACAGCUGGAUAGACAAGUUCUGCCUGGACGCAGAUGUGUUUGUGCUAGUGGCCAACUCCGAGUCCACACUUAUGAACACGGAAAAGCACUUCUUCCACAAAGUGAACGAGCGGCUGUCCAAACCCAACAUCUUCAUCCUCAACAACCGCUGGGAUGCCUCGGCCAACGAGCCGGAGUACAUGGAGGACGUCAGGAAGCAGCACACGGACCGCUGCAUCAACUUCCUGGUGGAGGAGCUGAAAGUGGUGGACCGCGAGCAGGCGCCCAACCGCAUCUUCUUCGUGUCGGCCAAGGAGGUGCUCAACUCCCGCAUGCAGCGAGCGCAGGGCAUGCCCGAGAACGGAGGGGCUCUGGCUGAGGGCUUCGAGGAGAGGCUGAAGGAGUUCCAAUGCUUUGAGAGGAGGUUUGAGGAGUGUAUCUCGCAGUCAGCAGUGAAAACAAAGUUUGAGCAGCACACUAUCAGGGCCAAGCAGAUCAUAGAAACGGUCCAGGGAAUCAUGGACAGCAUCAACAUAGAGGCGGCCGAGAAGAGAGUGGCAGCGCAAGAGGACAGGGAGUACCAGAUAGACCGGCUGGAGUUCGUAAAGAACCAGCUCAACCUACUGAUUGACGACACCAAGAAGAGGAUCAAGGCCAUCAGCGAGGAGGUGGCGUCCAAGGUGUCCAGUGCCAUGGGGGAGGAGAUUUGCCGCCUAAACGUGAUCAUCGACGAGUUCCACGCAGAUUUCCAUCCUUCCUCCAAUGUGCUCAAGAUCUACAAGUCGGAGCUCCUGUCCCACGUGGAGGAGGGCAUGGGCAAGAACCUGGCCUUCCGCUGCUCCAGUGCUAUCAACGCCUCCGUCCUGUCCUACCAGAAGGACAUGAUAGACAACAUGCUGCCCCUACUGCCCUCCGUCAGCCAGGGCCAGAUCCACAUGCUGGUGCCCAGCCGGAAGUUUGACCUGAGCUACGACCUGAACUGCGCCUCGCUCUGCAGCGACUUCCAGGAGAACAUCGAGUUCCAGUUCUCCCUGGGCUGGUCGUGCCUCGUCCACCGCUACCUGGGGCCCGCCAACGCACAGAGGGCCCUCAAGCUCAUGGACCAGAACUUCCAGCCAGCGCUGACGGCGGCGACCACGCCCACCUCCGGCCCCCCCGCCCCCUCCAACGCCGUGGCCCUGCCCAGCCAGGAGACGGCCGUCAUGAGCCAGGAGGACCUGAUGGUCGCCGUGGCAACCAACCUGGCGUCCAUCACGUCCCGCACCUCCGUGAGCGUGCUGGUGGUGGGAGGGGUGGUGUUCCGGACGCUGGGCUGGCGGCUGAUCGCCUUGUCGGGCGCCAUCUACGGCACGCUGUACCUGUACGAGAGGCUCACCUGGACCACGCGGGCCAAGGAGCGCUCGCUGAAGCGGCAGUUCGUGGACUACGCCACGGAGAAGCUGCAGCUCAUCGUCAGCUUCACCAGCUCCAACUGCAGCCACCAGGUCCAGCAGGAGAUGGCCACCACCUUCGCCCGCCUCUGCCAGCAGGUGGACCAGACCCAGAAGGAGCUGGAGGCGGAGAUCCGCCGCCUCACGGCCAACAUAGACCAGCUGGAGCACGUCCAGAGCCACUCCAAGACCAUGCGACACAAAGCCACCAAGCUGGAGAGCCAGUUGGAGGACUUCAUCACCCAGUAUCUGCGCCUCCCUCUGGACUGAUACACCUUUCUCUCUCCCGCUCCCUCUCUUUAAUAUCUCCUGUGGAGUCUUCUUCUCCACCCCGCAAGACCUCGGGCCCGCGCCUCAAACCGUAGCCACUUUUUUGAUGUGGCCUGAACCCUAAGUAGCCCGCCCACCCCCACCAACCCUCCACUUCUCCGAAGCCCGAGAAAGGCUCUUACCGUGAGGACAGGCCGUGAUCAACACGUGUAAUAAAGGUGUAUUCCCUGCCUUCCUUAAGGAAUAGAUGAAAGGACUAGUGGCAGCUAAACCAAUCCCCCAGAAAGACUGCCUUAAAAUCUCCGGCAGGAUAGUCUUUGGGGGGGGCCAAUGUUUUACUCCACUCCCAUGUUUUUCUAACUGUGAAUUAGAGAUUUUUUUUUCCCAGACUAACUUUUCAUUAGUAUAAACAGUUUGAGUGUGUGUGUAUGUAUAUGUGUGUGUAUAAGAGAAGUAUAUGUAAAAAAAACGAAAUUGGUUGAUCUGUUGGAUCUAUGAAUCAGUGUUGGUCUUGCACAGAGUUAAAGUGCAUGCAGAAUGUGUGAGGUUUUGAUGAAUCAUCAGAUACACGGAAGAGAACAAAAAGAGGCAUUUUCUUUUUGGGACUCAAUCGAUACCGUGUAGAUAAGUCUUUUGAUACUGUCAUGCAUUUUCUAAAGUCUUGUCGUUUAUACCCGUUAGACCAGACAUGAUUUUUGUGAAUGAAUGCGUUAACCCUUCUGAUUUUCCAGGACGUAUUAUAAGAAACUGAGUAAAUGUUUGAAGAAAAUAUGGUCUGUUUGUGUGCUUUUGCUUUAAAAGUUUUAUUCUUUAA